AUGGAUCACUACACCAACGACUUGAAGUGCACUGAGUGCAUUGAUCUCGCAGCAAACGUCGCCGAUCUUCAGCAUGCUCUCGCCAUUACCAAAAUUGAAAUAAAACGUCGAGAGAUAAAGGCCACGGCACCCUUUCAAUUCGACAAGAAGGACAUGAGAAUCAUCAAACUAGAGUCCUGCGUCAAUGAAGCUCAAGAAGCAGAGAUCAAAGCUGCCGAGGCUGCAUAUGAGGAAUGUAAGCGACAUCUUGAGAUUGUGAGAAAUCUUGACUGUAAGGAUCUGGAGACGAAGCGCGAGGAGUGCGCUAAACUUGAGAAGGAUCUUGGGUUGGAGUAUCUGGUGAACAUCUGCUAUGCCGAGGAUGACUGA